CACUGCAACACCACUGUCUUUAUCGACAACCUCCCCGCCGAGUCCUACGGCAAUCAGAUCUACGCUUCCUCCCUCGUAUCGAAGACUCGCGAAACGAGCUCACGCAUUGCUCCCGCAGAGACCUUGUCCUACAUAAAUCCAGUCAAAAUGGCCGCCCCAAAGGAGGGCGGCUUCAAGAUGUCGCUAGGGGGACUGAAAGCGAAAACCGGACUCAAAUCUUCUCCCGCGCAGAAGUUCGCCAAAAGACCUCGCCUUGCGCUUGACGACGACGAACCCGAUGACUCUAACAAACAGCAAGAGAUCUUAGGCUGGGAUGCUGCCGAAGGCGGCGCGCUUGAUGCCAACGGCAAGAAAGAAAAGGAAGGACCGCGAAUCAUUCCGGUUCAACCCAACCGCGACUGGCGCGCAGAAGUAGUGCGGAAACAGCUUACGAACGCACCACAUCAACAGGCGCAAAACGGAGUUGUCGUGGACAAGAUAGAGGAGCGGAAAAUGGAAUAUGGACUUACCAUUCUCAAGAAGGAUGAGCCGCAAGACAAUGGCGCAGCAGAAACAGUUGCGCCAGAGUCUAUGGAAGAUACAAAGGACAACCUUACGAAAGAACAACGGCUCGAGAAGCAAGCACUCGACGCGCUUCUAAACGGAAAAUCCACUGAUGAGGAUCUUGUCAUCCCUGUGCAGACUGAAGAGGAAGCCUUGCUCUACGACUUGAAUAACGCGCCGGAGGCACCCACGCUCGAAAUCUAUGAAGCAGUGCCAGUCGAAGGAUUCGGCGCCGCGUUGCUCCGGGGUAUGGGCUGGAAAGACGGAGAACCAAUUGGCAAAAACGGCAUCCUUGAUAAACCAAAAGAAGCCAAACGACGCCCUGCCCUACUCGGGAUUGGCGCCAAAGAGGAAGCCGCUGUAGGCAUUGAGCUGGGUGAAUGGGGUGGGACGGGCAAGGGCAAAGGCAAGAAAGUUGCUCAAAGCUAUAACCCUGUCACGCUGCGGAACAAGGUUACGGGCGAAAUGCUCACCGAGGAGGAAUUGAAAGCAAAACUUGAGAGCCAGGAUUUGGUAAAAGAGAAGCCGGAGAAGGGGAAAAGCAGAUAUGAUGAUCCGGCGGAGGAGGACAAUAGCAGGCGGGAGAAGCGGAGAGAAAGGAGAGACGAUAGCGACCGUAAACGAGACCGACGACGCGACGAUGACUAUGAUAGCGAGAGGAGGAAGGACAGAGAUCGAAAAGACGAUCGUCGACGGGACAAGGACGACUAUUACGAUAGUGAGCGUCGGAAAGACUCGCGCAGAGAACGGGACCGAGGCGAUGACUACGAUAGCGAGCGUCGGAAGGAAAAACGACGAAAUCGCAGCCGUAGCCCCGACGACAAAAGGGAGAAACGGCGUGACCGUUACCGCAGCAGAAGCCGGGAUUCGAAGCGCGACCGUCGCGAUCGGAGUAAAAGUCGAGAAUCUGACGAGCGGCGAAAGCGCAGGAGAGACAAAGACUAUGGCUACGACGAUGAUCGAGAGGACAGGAAGAGGAGGUACAAGGAUGAGAAGUACUACAAGUAGUUAUGGACUUGCUCAGGGAAAUAGAUAAUCAGACAUUUGCAUCAGCGUUGUAAAGGAGUAGAUAGAUAUGAUACCAAUUCGACCUUCAUACCACCUUUUUUUUGAGAGAG